AAUCAUUCACAUUCAAUAGCAUUCAAAAAUCUAAACCUUAUUCUCAAUACUUUUCUUAAACCAUUCCUUUCUCACAUCAUUACAACAAUGGGUUUUCGUUUACCUGGCAUCAGAAAGGCAAUAUUUGCAGCAAAUCCAGCAUCUUCAAAAGUGCUGGAUGCGCCAAAGGGGUAUCUUGCAGUCUAUGUGGGAGAGAAAAUGAAGCGGUUUGUGAUCCCUGUAUCAUACUUGAACCAACCUUCAUUCCAAGACUUGUUGAGUCAAGCUGAGGAAGAGUUUGGAUAUGAUCAUCCCAUGGGUGGCCUCACAAUUCCUUGCAGUGAAGAUGUCUUCCAUCAUAUAACUUCAUGCUUGAAUUGACAGAAAAUCUAACACAUUUUUAGGAGACUGACAUAGAUUAGUGGAAAUAUUUCUUACAAUAGGCUUCUUCUCAUUUUGUAUAGAUCUCCCUUUCUUGAAAACAAAGGAAGAGAAACGGAAUGACAUAAUCCCAGUAUACCAUAUUGUUUUGUUUAUUUUAAUUAGUAACUACAAAGAAUUCAAGGACUCACACAGCUCCUCUGUCUUCUAAGUUUAUUAGUUUCAAUGUUCACUUCUCUCUGUAUGGGAAAGGUUGAAUUCGGUUAAAAAAACGACUUUAUUCGGAUAAAUUUGAAAGCGGUAACUGAAUACAUGCUUCCUAACAAGGGUAGAGCAGAAGUAUUUUCCCUAGGACCAAAGAGAAACACAAAUUUAUUUGGGACAAACAAAA